AUGGGCGAAUACACGGCCUUUUUCUAUGGAACCCUCAUGGCCCCUUGCGUCCUCCACCGCGUCAUCCACGGAACCCACACUCCCGAGCCGUGGCAGAAAGACCUGAUCACUGUCCGCCCCGCCAUGCUGCAAAACUAUCGUCGACACAGGGUCAGACACGCAGAUUACCCCGCCAUAAUACCACACUCCGGCUCGAAGGUGCGGGGUAGCCUAGUGACCGGCCUGACGCAGGGUGAUAUCUACCGGUUGGACAUUUUCGAAGGCAGCCAGUACAAGAGGGAUGUGGUGAAGGUACAAGUCUUGAAAGACGUCGAACUGGAUCAAGCUGCCCCAGAACAAGACAAAGACCCCGAAGUCCUCGAAGAGGUCGAAGCACAAACAUAUGUCUGGCUUGAAGGCGAAACAACGUUAGAACCCCAAGAGUGGGAUUUUGAAGCGUUUAAACGAGAUAAGAUGCAUGCUUGGAUGGGUAUUAACGAGGACGAUGAUGUCGAGAUUGACGAAGGCUUCGCUGACGUUGACAGGGCGGUCGCAGAGGAAGAUUCACGGCGGACAGAGGGCAAGACACAGGAGAAAGAGGUGAAUACUACGAAACAUGACCCGAUGGGCGGAAGAGGGGCCAACGGGCAUAUUACACAGCAGUUGAAGGAUGCUGCCGUGUAG